AUGUCUAAGAAUAGUGAGAUUAAAACUAUUGGAUAUGACUUAUCUUCAAGAGAUGAAUAUUUUAUGAAAGUUAUUGAUGUUAUAGAAAAAGAUGGGCAUUGUCUUACACCAAUUGAAUUAGAACAUUCAGAAAUGUACUUGUCUGGAGAUAAAUUACCUAAAAAAUAUUAUGACUUAGGACGUUCCUCAUUUUUAUACUAUCUUUAUACCUAUAACCUUUCAUUUGAGGAUGCAUUUGAAAAUAAAUAUAUGGAAAGAAAAGAUAACUUUAUUCAACUUGUUUUUUUUGAUGGUAGUUUAGUCGCAACAAAAGAAUUUUUAACAAAUUUUUUUAAAUAUUUUGAAUUAAGAUUUAAAUUUGAUGGAAAAGAAUUUGAAGAAGUAGUUGAAAUUGAAGGACACUCAGCUAAACAUUUUUUACAUAUAAUGAAAUAUUUUUAUGGUAAACGUAUUUCUUUUAAUUUGGAAAAUGUAGUAGAUUUAUAUAAACUUGCAACAUACUUUAUGGUAGAAAGUACUUUUUUAAAUCGCCUUGUUGAUUAUAUAAAAUAUUUUUUUCCAAAAAUAAUGAAAACACGUGCAUUUUAUGAGAAUACUUCGAUAUUUGAUAAAGAUUUUUAUGAUAUGAAACGCCUUCUUUAUUUAUAUAAACUUAAACAAUCAGAUGGAAAUUGUAAUUAUGAGGAAGAAAGAUUUACAUUAGGUACAUUAAAAUAUAGAUAUGAUGUACCAAUGUCUUAUGCUGUAUUAGAAGUUUGUAAUGGAUCUAAUAAUAAACUUGUAUUAAAUAGAAUAGGUGGUUAUGGUAAUUUAUCAGAAUUUGAAUUUAGAUCUGAACAUACACUAGUAAGUAAAAUUUUUACAAGUGGUAAUGAAAUAUUUGUAUUUUUAUAUGAUAAUAUUGGGUAUACUGCAUGUUAUUUAAAAUUAAUUGGAAAUGAAAAACGACCAUUUUUUUAUUUUGAUAUUCCUAUAGAAUAUAAUGUUAAACAUAAAAUUAUUCCUUAUAAGGAUAGAUUUCUUGUUAUAAUACAUCCACGUAAUAUUAGAGAAUUUAAUCGGUUAAAUUAUGAUUGUAAUCUUGAAUUUCAAAUUUUUCAACAAUCUCGAAGGUAUUAUGAUGCCUCAAAAAAUGUAGAUAUAUUAUUUGAACCACAAAAUGAUUGUUUUCAAAAUUAUACUUUAAAAAAGAUGUAUUUUGAUUUAGGUAGACGUGAAUUAAAUGAUUAUUUUAUUUUUGAAUGUGAAGAUUAUAUAUAUUUUCUUCUAACCAAUAGACAAAUAAAUAAUGAACCAAUAUUUUUUCGUGUUAAUAUUACUACAUGUGAAAAAGAAAUACUAGAAGAUCCUAGUGAAAUGAUUGAUCCAUGUUGUUUUUGUAAUUAUAAUUCUACACUUUUUUUUAUUCAAAAACCUCAAAGAGAAGAAAGUGGAAAACAGUUAAAAAAAGAUACUCUUAAAACAGUUAAAGGAUAUUGUUAUGAUAUGAAAGAACAAACGUGGUGUAAUUUUAAACAACCAUAUGUAGAAUAUACUCAAUUAAAUGUGGCUCUUGAAAUUGUCAAUGGUUUAAUGCAUUUUUUUAUUAUUAAAAAACGUUCAGAAUAUAAACAACUUCAAGAGGUAAUUUUAUGUUAUACUCCAGAUAAAGAAGCUAAUUGGACAGAAAUAAGAAAUAAAUUAUAUGAUACUCCAAAUUUUUCAGAAUUUGCUACUCAAUAUUAUACAUUAAUUAGGCGUCCAGGGUUUUAA